UCGGUUUCGGCAUCCCCCGAGAAAAUCAUCCUUUCGGCCGACUGUUCAGGAAUUAAAUUCACCGGGUGUCGGCGCGAGGAUGCGGCUCUUCAGGGUCCUCUUCAAGGCGUGAGCGUCCCUCGCGGCACUGUCGCAGCGCCCCCAGGACUCCUGUGGCACUUCCAAGACAUGCCAAGGAUCGUCCUGCGAAGUUCCUUCUGACUUUCCAGUCCCCCUAAAUUCAAAGGUCUUUGGGAUGAACGAGAAAUUUAAUCGCGGACCUGUGGACUCUUAAAUUGGGACGUCAUGUCUGCUGUCAUAGGUCAGGAAGCUGAGGAAGGAUAUACGGCUCCUUGGCGAGCGAGGUGUAGGUUUUGCCGAUGAUCCAGGAACUGGUGAGGGGGUAACGAGGGGGAGUUUGCCAGGAUGGUGGGAACGGCGCCCAAGAUGUCGGCCGUGGUGGUCUCCGCCAUCAGGGACCUCAGGGAGGUGCGGGGCUCGACCUCGAAGGAGAUCAUGAACUACAUUUCCUCUGAAUAUGGCGGGACCAGUCCAGCGAUCCAGCGCCAGGUGUUAACCGCGCUGAACCGUGGUCUGGCCUACGGGAUCCUGAAGAAGGUCCACGGGCACUACACCCUCAACUCGGACCUGGCGGACUUCAACCCGAGCAGCAUGGUGCCCGAGGAUUCUUGUAAAAAGAAAAUGAAGAGGAAGAAGAAAAAGAAGAAGAAGCGCGCCGGAAAAUGCGGCAUGAAGCGAAAGGUGAAGAGGAAGAAAAAGAAGAAGAAGAUGAAGAAGAUGAGUGGCUGCGGGAAGCGGAAGAGUGCGAAGAAGCGCAAGAAGAAGAUCAAGGCUAAGAAGUGCAUGUGCGGGGGCAGAGGUCGCGCCCAGGGUGACGGGGUGGAGGCCCUUCCCUUGGAGAUACCCCCGAAGAUCAUCAGCGAGUUCGAGACGGAGUCCCCGAGGUUCGAGGAUGACGAUCCUGACUUGGAGAGUGGGGCCGGAAACGAGCUCAAUGGCGACGACUACGCGAACCCUGACUGCGAUAAUCCUGACUACGACAACCCUGACUACAAUGACAGAGAAGAAGCUGGUGGCAGAAGUCGCAGCGGCAGCAGGAGCAGCAGGAGCAGCGACAGCAAUGAGCAACCUCCCAGCACGGAUGGCCUCCUCAUCUAGAAGAUGGUACCUCGAAGAAGGGUUCCCACCGCGUGGCGUCUGUUACGUUCUUCCUGGACCUGAAGGGUUCGUCCCUCGAGCCCUUCAGGCUCGUCCUUUAGCCCUGAUCCUGCAGUCCCCCUGGAACCCUGCUCAUUGCAAGUUCACAUCCAUGACAUCGCUGAACAGGUGCGGAUGUCAUCCAGAACUAUCGCUAGCUUCAAUGACAACCCCUCCACCGACGCUGAUCCUCUGGUCCUUCCUCUCCCAGGAAAGCGUCCAUGAUGUAGUCCCUGCAGUUCCUGAAGAGGCACAGGGUUCCUGCAAGACGAAUGCCCGCGUUAUCAGAGCGCAUCGUAGGUGCAGGACGGUGUCCUCCCCUAAUGUCCCCUCGUCCUGUCCGU